AUGGGAUGUCCUAAAGCUCACAAGGUUGACUAUGCCUCAUAUCAGCUGAUUGAUGAAGCUUUGACUUGGUGGACGAGUGCAAGGGCUUUGCUUCGAGCUCAACAGGUUGAUCUGACUUGGGCGGUGUUCAGAAGGGUCUUUCUUGACAAGUAUUUCCCUAAGGCUAUGAGGAGAAUGAAACACACUGAGUUGCUGACACUGCUACAGGAUAAUAUGACUGUCAAUGAAUAUAUUGCUAAGUUUGGGCAGCUGAUGGAAUAUGAUAAUUUUGAUCAGAACAUCUAUGAUGAAGAGUGGCAGGUGGAAAAAUAUGAAAGUGGACUGCACCCAGAGAUCCGCAAGCUUGUGUUGACUACAACGAAUCGUACUCUGCUUGAAUUGAUUAAUCAGAGUCGGCAAGCAGAAGAGAUUAUAAGUGAAGCUAAGAAUUUGUCUAAACAGCCAGUGCAAUCCCAAGGAGGAAGUAAAGUUGGUUGGUUUUUCAGAAAGAUUACUGGAAUGAAUAGAGGAAAGGGUCCGCAGUUGCAACCUCGGACUGGAAACUUCAAGAAGAAUAAUGCUCCUGGAAAAUCUUCAGUCGGACGACAGGGUCCCAAUGCUUGUGCUACUUGUAGAAAGAAUCAUGCUGGUAUUUGCCGACGCAGGAACAAUUUGUGCUACAGGUGUGGACGGUUGGGACACUUCAUUUCUGAUUGCCCACAGAAUGCUAAUCAGCCUCAUACUCAAGCUCGAGUGUUCACCCUUGAUGCAAAUGAAGCUCAAAAGUAUCCAAAUCUGAUCCGAGGUAAUGUAAUUAUGAAUGGUUAUCCUAUUUCUGUUAUCUUCGAUUCUGGAGCAUGUGGUUCUUUUAUUGCGGGGCACACUGCAAUGAGAAUAGGUAUCACCCCGGCUCCGUUACCUUAUGAGUUAUAA